AUGAGUCAGCAACAAGAUGGUCCUCGCUACACCCAGCAGCGUCAAAUGAUGGUAGGAUCUGCUGCGCCCCCUCAAGCAGGACCCUCCCGAUUCCAGUCACCCCAGUCCUCUCGCGUUGAACCUUCAAUGUCCUCACCAACACAAUCACGUAUGGUGCCUGAUGCUCUUCAACAGCGAGCUCAUGCACCAUCAUCCUCGUAUCAAGCACCAUCUCACGUGGUGCCCUUCCUGACUCUUCAGCUUCACCCGCCAUUCGAGCCAUUUCGAAGAGCGGGAGCUAGCAUCAACACGGAUUUGACGCUGCGGUUGUCCGCCCACUCCAACCUUUCGACGCUGAGGCAUACGCACUACCCUAAGGUGGAAAGGAGGGGCACGGAUCUUUGGCUUUGGGCACUUGCGCUCAGCUUGAGCUUGCCCGGACACAUCAUCGCACCUCCGCCCAAUCCUCCUCUCUUGCUGCUCGACUCGACCCUCGCGAAUGCGUCGGCGAAUGGCGGAGGGGGGGUCACAUCGACAGGCAGCGUCUCAGCCUCUCACGCCGCUCAAUACGACUCUGCAGCCCAUUUGCACGCCAGGUCCCUCUCCUCUUGGUUCUCUAGGCUGCUGAGCAUCCCAUCGGUCCUGCGUCAUCCAGCGACACCUCACCUGAUAGAAUGCGACUUCACCUAUACUCCACCCCUACCCACCUCGGGCCCAGGUAGUACAGCUUCAGCUGCGCGUAAAUUGGAAGCGGCGCUCAACAGUCUGCGCAACUCUGGAAACUUGGCCAUCGAUGUUGGAGGUGGGCUCGGCUUGCCAUCUGGCGCUAUCACCGCUUCGCUACCCUCCCACUCGAACGGUUUCAAUCCCGGGAGGGACUCUGGUGGCGGUGGUGGAGGAUUGUGGAGCAGCUUGACUGGGAAUUCUAAACCUGUUAGCACUGCUAUCAGUGGCGCGGAUACUGACGAAGAGCUCGUCGCAGCCAGAGCAGAAGUUACCAGAUUGGAGAUUCAAUUUAGCACAGCUGCCAAGAAGGCUGAGCUAGUCGCUGACAAGACCAAUGCUUUGACCGCAGCGCAACAGGCCCUCGCCACUCGCCUAGAAAGCUUGGCGCUUCUUGAGUCCACGCGCUCAAUUCCGGAGAGACGAGGCUUGCCUCGCACGCUACAAGACACAGCCAAUUCGCUCCGAGCUCUGGGAGAGCGCAAAGAUGACUUGACGGCCCAGACUGCGCUGCACCUGGCACAUCCGUUGGCGUAUCAGUCACACGCGGCAAGAGCAGCCAGGGAUGCGCUGCUGGUGCGACACUCGCUGGUAGACACGGCUCACGAAGCUGCGGGCUUGGCUCUUCUGAGACGAAAAGAGGCGGAGCAAUUGCGGUCGAGAGCGGCAAGCGUAGGCUACGACCGGCUCGAGGCGAAACUGGGCGAGCUUAACGAUGCGAAGCAACAUGCAGCUCAUUUGGACUCUCAGCUCAAGGCUCUGUCUGAGAGCUUACGCAAGUCUCUUGGAACGCAUGCCAAAGCAACGCAUAAAGAUUUACACGAAGCGCUCUGGGUGCAUGCGAAAGGAGCCGCGGCUGCUAACAAAGCCGCGCUAAAUCAGCUGCAUGGGCUGCAAAGGUUGUUCGCAGAAGACGGCGAUGCGGGGGAUAGCACGUUGCAGAGCGAAGGUGCGAGGCGUGGAGAAAGUUUGAACGAUCCGUCAACGUCGGCCUCGACCGCUACGUCUGGGAUGCCGUCCAACUUGUCGGAUGCAUCGGCGAUGUCCAGAAGCGGCUCUACCACAUCAGCCGCUGCUCGCAGCUUGCAGACGCAGAAGGAGAGCUUGCACGAAGCGAAUGCGACGCCGUCGGACUCUUACCGUCACGAUGCAGAAACCACUUCCGGCGGCACUGAUACACUCGCAGGCAGCAAUAAAUCCUCAGAGGCUGCACUCUUACCGUCGGACGAUUCACGGGACCAAACAGUCGCGACGCCAAGCACUGCGUGGAAAGCUGCAAUUGACGCGACUUCUUCCAGUAGAAGCGCGAGCCCGACAACCGUCAAAUCAGCCCUGGGAACCUCGGCUGCUUUCCAGUCGACCCACGAUCCGACUUCCCCUUCGCCAUUCUCUCGUAUUGAUUCGAUGCCUCCUGUGCUAGUUGGCACGACCGACACUGCACGAGCUCCAAGCCAUAUUGACAGAGCUGCGAGCGGGCAAAGAGGACAGGAGGCCGACACCCCCGCCGCGCUCUCACACGCUGCUGGUUUGCAUUCGCCAAGCGGACAAGAGGCUAGCCUCACGCCGCGCGCACUCAGCCGAACAGAGGCUUACACGCCCAGCGCAAGUCCUUCCGGGUCCCGAGGAGCUACCUUUUACGCCCAAAGCACCAACCCAACGGGUUCCACGCUGCGCAAGGACGAGCAUCAUGCGCAUGACCCUGUCGCGUCGCCGAGCGGUAAGCGAGGUAAAGAGGUGGAAGAGGCGGCUAGGACUUGGGGAAGAAAGAGUAGAAUUUCGGCUAGCGAUGCGGCCAGAAAUCUUGCGGGAAGGUUCUGA